AUGUAUACUCAUGAUUCUGUUCUUCGACAUAAAAUAGAACAAACAAUUAUAAUAACUAUAUUUGAUUAUAUUCUUCAUUUUAAUCAUCGAACUAUGAUCAAUGAACAAUUAAGAAAAUUAUUUAAUGGAUUUAAACCUUUGGCUGUUUAUAAAGCUCAAUUAUUAAUUGAAAAAGAAUUGAUAGUUAUUAAAUUAUUAUUAAACAUACGUAAACAACAAGCACUAUUAACAAUUGAUGAUCUGAAUAGAUAUCUUGAAUCAUAUCCAAUACCAUGUCGAUUAGAUAUAGUCAAUGAAUUACGUCGUUCAAAAAUUAUUUCACAAUCUCUUGCUAAUAUAACUGCACCUGAAGCUCAAGCUAUAUUUCUUAUCGAUAUGAUGAUUAAAUUAAUUCAAAAAAGAAGGUUAUAUUGA